CUUCAUUUAUACACUGAGCUCCUCUGUUUCCUUCUACCUCUUCUGUCCAAUAACCUCCCAUCAUUGUUCCAUGUUUAACUAACCUUGUCUCUUUCUCUCCCCCACUCUGUCCUCACCUACAGGUAUCAUUGGACUCAGAGCUUUGUGUCUGUGAUGGGCAGCUGCUGAUCAACCAUCCUGCCAUCCUGUGCUCGCUGCCGACGUCCACGUUCUGCGGCCACAGCGCCACUUUCACCAGUUGAACAAGUUGAAGCUCCCAUCGAGGCGUGGCUUCGGCUGGUUUUCACUUUCGUUUACCUGUGUGAUAACGAUCACACAGAACGGCAGAGGGCGCAGCAGCGGCACCGAGGGCGGAAAACGACGCUCGGACGACUUUGGACCCGGGUCGUUCACUGCCUCAUUCAAUUGCUGCUGCUCACGAAACGGCGAGGUCGCCAUGUGGCUCUUCAUGGUCGCUGGCUUAUUGGCGUGUGCAGACCCACCGACCUUCACUCACCCUGAAAAUGAGACGGUGGAAGUUGCAGCUCACAGUAAGCUUCGUUUGAACUGCGCUGCUGAAGGGAAGCCGCCGCCAGAAUACACGUGGCAGAACCUUCAGAUGGGCCAGAAUCUGAACGGGAACGGGUCCACUUUGGCCCCGUCCUUCCACCUACCGGGGACCUACAGCUGCACGGCGUCCAACGUCCAUGGCACCAGAACCAAGUACUUCACCAUCAAGGAAACCGCAGGGAAUCACUUGAUGAUACGUGUAGCCAUCUCUGUGGUCCUUGUGUUGCUGGGGAUCGGUCUCGCCGCCUGCAUUGUUUACCAGAGAAGAGUUCGCUACCAACCCAUGCCCUCCGGUCCCGUAUGAGGCUGAUUUCAUUUAUAUUUAUGGAACUACAAUCAGACUUUAAAAUGGUUUGGUGCUUAAAGAGCCGUACGGGUGUGGUUUAACUGACAUGCUCACCUGUCUUCUCAAGUGUAGUUGCUGUUGACAGCAUAGUGUCAUGAGCCUCACUGAGCAGCAGUAUCAACAAACGGUACAUUUACAAUUUUCAUUCACAGAUGAAAUGUGCAUUGAUCUCAUGCAGACAUGCAAAAUCCACUUUUGGGCCAUUGUGGUACUUUGACUCUCUGGCUCAUGUUUGCACUUGCUACUUACAGUAUUGCACAUUUAGCCACUUUGGCCAUUCCCGUCUAAGACGGUUAAACGGGCUGCUCACAGAACUGCCACUGGUCCCCUGUAGACAAAUGCAGAACACCAAAGCAGUAUUUCUGACACACACAACUGAACAGAAUGCAGCACAGCUGUAUAUCACAGACAGCAACGUGCCCCAGUGACACACAGAGCUAAGCAGCUACUGCCGUGUUCCGGGAUGCUGUAUGGGCUCAGGUCCUCACUGUCCUCACACUGUCACACUAUCCAGCUAGAACCAUGAGGUCCAUUCACUGCUGCCCAGCCAGUGUUGUUUUGACUGCUUUUAUCACGCUGUUAGCCAUUAACUUUAUCCAGACAUCAGCAAGCUGCAUGCAACUGUGGCGAUCAACUUCACAUUGAUUACGCCAUAUUCCUAAAACCACCAGUUUUCCACCAGGGGGCUGGAAACACCACAGGUCCACCCUGCCACCACAGGCAGUGUGGAAAAUGUACAGGGCUUUUUGGCAUGAAAACUUACAGAAAACUUAUUAAGACUUUGAAGUCCAAUAUUCUUAGCAUGAAAACCAGUAAAAGCAAUCACCUUUAAGUUUUGUUAGUUCUAAUUUUACUCAGUAAUCAUCUGCUGCUCUGCUGUCACAAAUUUUCUUGCGCAUCGGUGCAUGUACUGGUUAUAUACAGUACUUGCAUGUACGUGGACUGCCUGAAACCCUUCACGGAGCAAUGCACUGGUUUCAUUGCUACCUUUACUGUUGCUUCAGUCCAUGAUACUCUAUCAUGAUCAAGAUGGAUCUUUUUUUAUUUCUAUCAGCUAUAUUGUCAGUUUUAUUUCAUAUUUAUUUAUAUAUGCUUGAGUUUUUCAUCAUGAACCAAGGCCAACUUGUGUUAGUUUUUUUUGCUUGAACGUUGUUUUUCUUUGGAACCUUUGGAAAUGCACUGGAAAUAUGAAAUGGGAAAUAAUUGUGUAAUUUCUGUGCCAUGCCUCCGAUUUCGGGUAGCAAACGAUGGAUUUAUGACAAUUGCCUACCACACUACUCUUUGUCUCACUAGUAAAACAAGUGCAAUAGUCAUUGUUUGCAGUGUUGUAUAAGCUUAAAUAAAUUAAAAGGA